AUGUUGAAGCUACAAAAUCGACUGAUUUUAAGCGGUCUGACAGGUACCAGAUGGAACUCGUCAGCGACGGGAAACAAGAAGUUAUUGUGCAAUAUAAGUUUAAAGGAAUCAUUUGAUAUUUGGAGCCACGAAUUGAGUAAUUAUGAUGAUGGAGAUACAAUUGCACAAGACAAGUUUCUGAAAUAUGUCAUACCAUAUUAUCAACCAAAGGAAUUGGUUAGUGAUAAAUAUAGAAAUAUUAGAGCAUUUAACUUGAAAACCAGCGUUGAUUUCCAAAAUGACAAUAUUAAUAUUGAAAAUAGGGGAGAAUGGUAUUUAAAUGAGAUAAGAGUUGAAAAGGGUGAUAAGGAUGAUGAAAGAAAACACCUGGUAUUAAUUCAUGGCUAUGGGGCAUCAAGCGGGUGGUUCUAUAAAAAUUUCAGAGGAAUCAUUGAGAAUAGCGUCAAUAGCCCCAACAUAACACUCCAUGGCCUUGAUAUGAUUGGAUUUGGAUUGAGCGGCCGUCCAAGUGUGGAAUUUAAGUAUGACAAUAAGACAAAGGCUGCUUUGAAUAUUGAGACCGAAGGUAUUGUAUGGGGGAAAUAUUCUACAUGUAAAAAAUGUGGGGGUCAUUUAGACGGCAGAAAAAGUAAAGACUUGCACUGGUGUUCCUGCUCGCAUGAAGAGGAAGAAAUGAGGAAAGGUUCGCUCAUUGAUUCGACAAGGAGGGCUAAUGUGGUUAUUGAGAAGAAUGAAAUUCUUGAAUAUAUGAAGAACCAGGUAGAACUGAUAAAUGAAGUUGAAGACGUAUAUGUUGAGAGUUUGGAAACAUGGAGGAAAAAAAAUCAGAUUGAUAAGUUUGAUCUAUUGGCACAUUCACUUGGUGGUUAUUUAUCCUUUGCUUAUUCGUUGAAGUACCCGCAACAUGUUAAUAAGAUAAUCAUGGUCAGUCCUGGAGGUGUUGAGCGAUCACCUUUUGCAAUAAGUAAUCCACAAUAUAAGAGUAUUGUCAAAGACAGUGAGAAGGAAGGGCAAUUGAGGAUUCCUAUUUCUAACCAUGUUGAUCAGUAUGGAUUUCUUGGUAGAUAUGGGUUGAUUGGUAAGUCGUUCAGGGACCUUUGGAAUAUGAGGGUGUCAAUUUUCAGCGCGUUACGAUGGCUUGGUCCCUUUGGACCUAAGGUAUUAAUAGAUCGAAAUGCGAGUAAGUUCACUAGGUCUGGGAGCAUCACAGACAUGAGAGAGUUGGGGUUGUUUUUGGAGUACAUAUACAGUUGUUGUAUUAGAUCGUCCUUUUCCGAGACCAGCAUUUAUCGGAUCUUCGAUGCGACAAUUGUUGGGAAAUACCCUAUCCUCGACAAGAUACGAGACAAAGGAAAUGUUCUCGUUGAUAAGGAGAUACUGUGGGUAUAUGGAGAGCACGAUUUCAUGUACAGUGAAUGUGGCAAGAAGGCCAUUGAAGAAUUCGAGAAACAUAACUACGAGCUUACUGAGAGAAAUCAGCAGAUUUUAACUGUGAGUAAUGCUGGUCACAAUAUGUACCUGGACAACUCAGCAGAUUUCAACAGUGGGGUCUUGAAGUUUCUCAAGUAUUAG